AUGUACGAAUAUCAGUCGAAGAAAGACCCCCCGCGACCCGACGAUUUCCCCUAUCAAGUCGGCCGCUCCUUUUCCAUUCGACAGCAUCGCGCGCCACCGCCGUUUGGAAUGAGGUACAGAAUUUCCCCCGGCCUGCGACAGGACACCGAUUUUGAUAGGGACCCAACACUGUACAAGCUCUCGAACCUCGAGCGGUGUCUCCGCCACCCACCCCAAGAGAGGCCUCCCUGCGAGGACAGUGAUGAAGAGGACGGGAACGACGACAACGAACAUGACUACGACACGGUCUACACACUGCACAUCACCGAAGAGAUUGUCGCGCGCGUGGGCCACGGGGCCCAGAUUCUGCGGUGUCGCGUCGACGGCCAGGGCGACAACGAGGACAAUUACGUGGCCAAGAUCUACGAUGCCGCUUACUACGACAAAUACGAUUCCUGGUUUGGCGACGUGUCAUUUGCCGCCGACCACGACUACAGCGUCGAGGUGGCUGCGUACGAGCAUCUGCACGGCGAGGGCGCGAAUGGCCGGUACACGCCGACGUACUACGGCUCGUACACACUCGAUCUGCCCGUGCCAAAGGACGCGUCUGGGGGUGCGGACCGCCCGGCGACGCGGCCUGUCCGCCUCAUUAUCAUCGAGUACAUUGCAGGCACCAGCAUGUUUGCCCUCUUGAAACGUGGCGUGGUCGACACGAUCCCUGUCCCGCGCCGCCUCGAGCUGAUGGCCGAGGCCAUGGAGAGCCGAUGCGAGCUCGAGUUUUUGGGGCUGGCCCACAACGACUUCGAGCCGCGCAAUGUGUUGGUUUUGGAUGCGGCUCUGCGCGACGACGACGAGGGCGGGCAGUGCGUGGUCAUCAUCGACUUUGGCCGGUCGCACAUUGUUAACUCGUAUUGGCUGCUGCCGGAUUACGUACGGCCACGACAGACCAAGCCGCGAAGCCCCAUGUACCGUUUCUGGAGCUGCACUCUCAACUCCUUCGGAGCAUGGAUCCCACUCGUCUACCGCCGGCGCUGGCCGGCGUACAACGGUUGGUUGAAGCACCGAUGGGGCAGCACGGCCGACGACGCGGACAAAUAUCAUGUCCCCCGCGCGAUCGACCGCGAAUUGGACGGAUACGAUGACGAAACGGAGUACAUUCCUCCCGAAUCGAUUCCGCUCGUCGAGGACCCGAUUCCCGGCAACAUUGUGCGCUCGCUGGAUCCCGACUAUGAAAAAAAGCUGAGGGAAUCGUGGAACUGA